AUGAAUUUCAUGGGAAUUCCACCUGCCAAUGACCAGUUGCUUCAAGAUGAAAUUGAAUCUUCUGGGUCUACACUUGCAACCAAGGUUCAGGGAGCAAGCUUCCGAGGUUGGAAAGAAGUGACCUCGAUGUUCAAUAAAGAUGACGAACAACAAUUACUUGAAAGGUGUAAAUCUCCCAAAUUUAAAGGGACGAGUUUGAGAUCGAAAGACGACGCGAAGACGGAGAAGAGGUCUGGAUUUUGGGACAGCCUGGUGUUGAAGCAGACCCCGCUGUCCAAGAAGCCGGAUGAGAUGGAAGGGUGGGAGCCCCCCCCCAUCCCCGCGGACGACCCCUCGGCGGCCGCGGCCAAGACGCCGACCGACCGCCUGUCCUGGCCCAGCUGGGAAGAGGCGGCCGUCAAGGGCUCCGCCAAGUACACCAACCUGCCCAGUUCGGCCAACAGCUCCAGGUGGAGCAUUAAGUCAGCGGGGAAGUUGGUCAGUAUCCGGCGCCAGAGCAAAGGGAACCUGACUGAGCACUGGGAAGAACUAGAAUGAUCCCCGCCGGCGGGUUCUCGAGGAGAAUCAUUUCCCCAUUUUCCAUGUGUGCGCAAACCAAAACGUGUGCAAUCCGCGACACCUGAACGUUUAGCGAGGGUUCUUCCCAUUUCCCAGGGGCCGGGACGGGGGUGUGUGUGUGUGUCUGUGCUGGUUACGUUCGAUUCCAUCCGCCAGCGGGGUGGAGGGGGUUCCGCGGCCCACGUUUAAAAGAGUAGGGAACCGAUUUCGUGCCUCUGUUUCCCAUUCCCGUUUCUCAACAGGCUCGACAGUCAAUAUUACCAAAAACGUGGGUCGUUCUUUAAGGGGCGCCGACCUACACCUACGUAGUUGUGCUUUCCGAAGGAGCCCCCCCGCCCCCGGAAUCGCGACGGCCCCUUUAGGAUAUUCGUUUUUUGACGCCGGUCCCUUUGAUUGCCCACGUUGAUUUGCCACUUGCCACAGAACUCUUCUCGUGACGGGGCGGUAGGUUUUCUAUCGUCCGGCUCGAACGCUUUCUUCGUCCCGCACGCAAGUUGUCGUGGUGGCUCUGUAGGGCGCACAGAACAUGACGAUGUAGCAGUUCUGCAACCCUCUCCUUCCAUUGCCGGUCAGGUUUAACCUUGCCGGUCCAGUGGAGUCUUCCAAAGGUUUUGCUAAAUGUCAACUCACGUGAAAAAAGUGAAAAUUCUUUUAAGGGUCUAUUUUUAAACUGCCUGUGUAAAAAAGUCAGAUUUCAGGAAAGUAAAAUGUCAGUGUGUUUAAAAUUCAUCUUAGCUGGGGAGAAAUCAUCUCUGGUUUGCACAUAGAGAGUUGUGGUUUAUUUUGUUUAGUUCCCCCCCUCCCCCCCCCCACCGUUCUCCCUCUGGAUUGUAAUUGUCAUCUGAUUCUAAAUUAUUUAUUCUAAGGAGUUACUCUCUGUCUUUUCUUUUUUUUUUUAGUUUUUAGGACAACUCAGCAAUGAUGCAAAAUAUACGCACAAAUUUUAGUCUUCAUGUACUUCGUUCUGGUACUGUUUUGACACAUUUAAAUGUUCAGUAUAGAAUUCAAAUUGUAUAUAAAAUAUUGAAAGUGCCUCUCUUUCUACAAUAGCACUAGGGUCUCCCACCCCACCCCUCUGUUUUGCGUUUGCAAAUGAGAUGCUUACCAGUGUGUUCUGUUGGAUUUUAAAACAAUUUCCCAUCCUGUUUGAAUUACCCCUUCACCCGAAAUAGAGCUCUAGCUGCUCCAGUUGUGUCCUCUGAAGUUCCCUCUCUAAAUGUUCCCAGCUUGACAUUCAAUAAGCACGUGAACUUGUCAUAGGCUCGUCUGGGUCCCCCUCUCUCCAGAAUCUCAGAUGCACUGGAGAGGCAAGAUUGCGCUCUAUUGUAUUUUUCUGGACUGCUUCUUUUAACUGGAUGUCUCAUUUAAUGUUCCCGGGAAGCAUCCGAAUGUGCCUGAGAGAAAAUGCCAGUUAGUGUAACAAGAGAAAAAAAAAAAUCCAUCAAAAUAUAAUCAUUUAUUUGGAAUAUGCAGGGGUUUUUUUCGAGGGGGGCGGGGGGACAAAAUAGCCUGUAGGUUGCCACUGUAAACAGUCUAAAAUUCUAGGAAUUUCAGUUUCGGACUUUUGGACACGUAAGCCUUUGGGUUUUUGUUGGAGGAUUAAGAGGAAAGUUGGCCGUUCAACAAUACGCGAUUUAAGCUACUUAAGGGAAAAAAAAAAGCGCGUGAUUUUCCUCAGGCAAAAUCAUUUUGUUGAGAGACUCCUUCCGUAUGCUUUAAAGAAAAUGCUCACCGUAAUUGCAUAAAAGGUAUUCCAUUUCGUGAUUUAUGCAAAGUUUUGGAGCUUUGGCACUUGGCCAGCCAGGACUAAAACGAAAGCCAGAGAUGCAAAUCUAUGAAAGGCUCCAGAAACUUAAACUUGGGGAGAAAGGUCAAGAAUGCCAUUAGUUUCUCCUCUUGAGGAAGCUCUGAUAUACUGUGACCAGUCAAAAUUCUGCCUUGUACAUUAUACUAAGUGCCUGUAUCAUCACCUCAGUGGUGUCGUUUGUGACGCACAGCUUGAUCGAGACAUCGUCUUUCACAGAUUAAAGAGGUUUCUAGUAAAAGUGGAUGGUGGCGGGUUGUCUCAGAUCUGCAUCACUUUAGACAAAACUCUUAUUUCGUUGGGACAUUCGGAACUUCUUGGAAAUGUGAAUCUGGCUGAAUUUUUAAUCUCUAAAUGUCCGUCGAUGAAAGUCGAAGCUGAGUUUUUUUUUUCUUCUGUCUAAUUUUAAGAGAAAAUUUUAAUAUAAUUAUUUAUUGUUCUAUUAUAGUGGCUUAUUUUAGGAAGGAAAAAAAAAGCUUACAAGUGACUCGUCUUAGUUUUCCCGAGUUUAACCGGAAAGUGGGAGAUUGGCUUUUUGUCCUGUGUCAGCCAGAGUUUAAGCUGCUUCUCCCUUCGAUGCACACAACCAAUGUAGUCUGUGUCCCUCACUGCUUAUUUUGAAGGUGGAGUUCCCUAUUUUUAUUUUUUUUUUUGAGUAACUUUAGUCCUGCUUCACCGAAGAUAGCGUUAAGACUGAACUCUGAAAUUUCGCACAAAAUUUGAAAGGUUGUUUAUCUUGUCAUUGGCAAUCUGCAUGUUCAUUGGCUUCUACUUGAAGGCUUGGUGUGGCCCAAAUUAGUCACUCCCAACAUUUUUAGCACCAUUUUAAAAUUCACACGAUCUUGUAGAAUUUUCACAAAUAAAGGACGUUUCCUUUGCGUUGC